AUUCCCUACGCAACCAAACCAGUCGUCUUACUCUAUAAAACACUAUCAGACGCAAAAUCUCGCCUUUCCUCUCCGUUUCUUGACGAUUCUUCAUCCCUUCGAAUCUCCGAAUCUCCUCACCCAAUCUUCUUCUCACAGACUCAGUCUCUCUCUGCUAACCCUUAACCCUAGAAUUCAAUCACUCGCCGCCAUGCUGAAGUUUUCGUCAACGGCUUCCAAUCAGAUUCGGUACCUGCUCCAGAUCCUCGACGAAUCCAACGCCGACUCUGUUCUUCGUGAGCUCCGUCAGUUUGUUGAAUAUGGAGUUGAGGGAAGCAUUAUGCUGCUCCAAGCAUGCAUUGAUCAUCUGAACUCUUACGGCACAGACUCAAAGAACAUGCAGCUAGAAUUAGUUGUUGCAUCAAUUUUUAGAUACCUGUUGGACCAGCCAAAUUUCAGCACGGUGUUUUUUGAGUCGCUAAGGAACGCAGAGAUCAAUGAAGGAACUCUAGAGAAUUUCUCUAAUGCACUGCACCUGUCUGUAUCUGAAAAAAUUGCCAUUGGUCUCGCUUUGUCAGAUUCUGAAAACCUUGAAGCCAGAAUGAGUGGAAAAAGUUUUUGUAUGGCUCAGAUUGAGGAAUUGUGUGCGAAUCCUGUUUUACUGAACUCUUCUGAGCGAAUUCAGAAUAUUGUUAUGUUCCUCCAGCGGUCUGAGGCCCUUUCCAAGCAUUUAGAUUCCUUUAUGCAGAUGUUAUCUUUCGUGCAGUCGAAUGAUGUUGCCCCAUUUGUUUUAACGCCGCUUCUUUCAGAUGAAUUGCGUGAGGCCAAUUUUCUAAGGAAUAUGGAUUUGUUCCAUGACUCUGGAGAAGAUUUUGAUUCUAUUUUAGCAGAAAUGGAGAAGGAAAUGAGCAUGGGAGAUAUUAUGAAGGAACUAGGUUAUGGGUGCACAGUUAAUGCAACACAGUGCAAAGAGAUUUUAUCUCUUUUCUUGCCACUGACUGAGAUUACUGUGUCUAAAAUACUUGGCACAAUUGCCCGCACCCAAGCUGGUCUUGAGGACAAUCAGAGCAUGUUUUCAACGCUUAGCUUGGCUCUUGGUUGCAGCACUUUGUUUGAUCUGCAAUCCUUGGACUCCUGGAAUAUUGAUGUUGUCAUAGAUACAAUCAAGCAACUUGCUCCUGGAACCAAUUGGAUACGAGUUAUUGAAAAUAUGGACCAUGAGGGGUUCUACUUUCCUAAUCAGGAGGCAUUCUCUUUUUUUAUGACUGCAUAUAAGCGCGCGUGCCAGGAACCAUUCCCUCUCCAUGCCAUUUGUGGUUCUGUUUGGAAGAAUACAGAGGGUCAGCUAUCUUUUCUUAAAUAUGCUGUUUCAGCACCACCAGAAAUAUUUACAUUUGCCCAUUCUGCAAGGCAGCUGGCUGAUAUUGAUGCAGUGCAUGGCCAUAAGCUACAACUUGGACAUGCUAAUCAUGCAUGGUUGUGUCUUGACCUUUUGGACGUGCUAUGUCAACUAGCUGAGAGGGGUCAUGCCACUUCUGUUCAGUUGAUCGUUGAAUAUCCUAUUAAACACUGUCCUGAAGUCUUACUUCUUGGGAUGGCACACGUUAAUACUGCUUAUAACCUCCUCCAGUAUGAAGUGACCUUUAGUGUUUUCCCGGUUAUAGUAAAAAAUAGAAUGGCGGGAAGCGAUGAGGCCCAAGAGCAUGGUGGUGGGGCACGUCUGAAGACAAGGCUGAUGAGGGGUGGUGGGCCAGAGGUGGAGGUUGAGCUGCAAGGGUCUUAUUAA